AUGAAGUCGUUGUCUGUCGCAUCGGCUCUCCUGGGCCUGCUGGCUACCACCGUGGCCGGCUCGCAGCCCUCGUCAUCCAAAGUCUCUCUGCCUGCCGAGUUCAAGCCGCCCCAAGUCUUCAAAAACGCCAACCUCGUUCACAUCAUCUCGCUCGAGAAAAACUAUGCCAAGGAGCAGAUUAACGUCCUCGUCGAAAACGUCUCCAAGGGUCCCCAAGAUGAAUACUUUGUCCCCUUCACGGCUGACCAGAUGGCGAGGGUUGGCGGCUUCGAGGCCAAGGAUCGCAAAGACGCAGACGCCGGUCCCUUCCGCGCAGAUGCCAUUGAAUAUGACCCCCACAGUGACGUGCAAUACUAUCGAAUUCGACUGCCUGCUCCGCUCAAGCCCGGCGGACAGCAGACGCUCGGCAUUUCCUUCUACUACCUGAAGGCGUACAUCCCUCUGCCGGCUGCCGUCAAGCAAGACGAGCAACAGUUUCUCGCCUACAGCUUCUCUGCCUACGCGCCGUCGGCGUACCCUACCUCGAAACAAAAGACCGAGAUCAAGGCCCCGAGCUCUGCCGUCCCCGAUUACACAAAGAUCCCCGCAAAGGGUGACAAGGAGCAGCACCCCCAGAAGCAGGGCUCCAAGCUCACCUACGGACCCUUUGACCAAGAGGUACCGGCCGGUGCCGUGUCGCCCGCGCAGGUCCGGUUCGAGUUUACCAAGCCCGUGACGCACGUGUCCAACCUCGACCGGGACAUCGAGGUCAGCCAUUGGGGCGGCAAUGUUGCCUUUGAGGAGAGAUAUACCCUGCACCACAGAGGCGCCAACCUGUCGACGCCCUUUAACCGGGUCAAGUGGGCCCAGUCACAAUACUUCAACCCCUCUUCCAUGGCUAUCAAGGAGUUGCGCUUCCCACUCCAGCCCGGAAGCGUCGAUCCUUACUUUACCGAUGCCAUUGGAAACGUGUCCACCUCCAAGUUCAGGAGCGGCAAGCGGGAGGCACUGCUGGAGCUCAAGCCCCGGUAUCCCAUCUUUGGCGGCUGGAAGUAUCCCUUCACCAUAGGCUGGAACUCGAACACGGCGUCUCUGCUGCGCAAGACGGCAUCGGGCGGCUACGUGCUCAAGGUUCCCUUUGUGGAAGGUCCGAGGCAGGCGGAAGGCGUCGAGUAUGAGCAUGUCAACAUCCGUGUCUUGCUGCCGGAAGGCGCUUCGAACGUCGAGGUCUACACCGGGGUGCCCAAGACAUCCAUCACCGAAAUCUCAGUUGGCGUUCACAAGACGUACCUCGACACGAUGGGACGGACGGCCGUGGUCGUCAAAGCGCGGAACCUGGUCGACGAUUUCCGAGACCGCGACCUCAUCAUCUCGUACGAGACGUCGCUGGUGGGCAUGAUGCGGAAACCGGCGAUUGUGUUUUCGAGCAUGCUGGCCGUGUUUGCUGCGGCCUGGGCUGUUGGCAAAGUCGAGGUGGGAUUUUCGAAGAAGUAG